CGUGAGAACCCGGAAAUAGGAAGUCCAUGAAUUCAACCUAUUUCCAUGUUCGAGAAUAUCUUCAUGCGACAUACUGAAUGCAAAUCAGAACCAAAUAUCUCAGCUCUUUUUACAAAAGCUUUGCAGAUACAUUUACAUCCCCCUGCCAAAACGUUUGGCUUUUGGCAACAUGUCAUCUAGCAGGAAAGGAUCGUGGACAUUUGUAGUGGCUGCAGCAGUGACCGUGUUUCUGCUGGAUGGGGUUUUUGUACACGCGAAGAGCUUUGAGGAUGUUCGCUGCAAGUGCAUUUGCCCACCAUACAGAAACAUCACUGGUCACAUCUACAACAGAAAUGUGUCUCAGAAGGAUUGUACCUGCCUCCAUGUAGUGGAGCCUAUGCCAGUGCCCGGCCAUGAUGUAGAGGCUUAUUGCCUGUUGUGCGAAUGCAAAUAUGAAGAGCGAAGCAGCAACACCAUCAAGGUAACUAUCAUCAUCUACCUGUCUGUCGUGGGUGCACUGCUCCUCUACAUGCUGUUCUUACUCCUGGUCGAUCCUCUUAUCCGUAAACAUGACCCCUACACCCAGCCACUGCACAACGAGGAAGACUCUGAGGAGAUGCGUCCACAGGUGGAUAACAGCCAGGCCAGAGGGAAUACGAUGCUUGAACGUGUUGAGGGAGCACAGCAGCGUUGGAAGAAGCAGGUCCAGGAGCAGCGAAAGACUGUAUUUGACCGCCACAAGAUGCUCAGUUAAACCCUACGACAGGCCUCAGGGAAAGGUUAGAGUAGGUAACACUGGGCUCAGCGCUUUUACACUGUCACCAGCUGCACUAUUACUCACCUCUUGUCAUUGUCACUUGUAUUAACAUUUCUUCCAUUAGAAACAUGCAGAAAUGCUGAUAGAACUAAAUUCUGUCAAAGUUUUUGGUUUGAUGUCCCUCCACACUUCCAGCUGGAUUAUAAGUGCACAUGCGUAAAAGCAGAUCAUAUCAGUCAUUUCAGCAAUCUGCAAUGCAACAGAUUUGCAACUUUGUCUAUUUAGCUCCAACUGUGAAUAGCUUUUCAGCCUUUUUGAAAUACUUUCAGCAAAAUACCAACCAUUUUGGUAGCAUAAUUUUGAAGUAACCUAAAAACAGGUAAGCUUUAUGUUUGUGAAUGACCAGUUUAGCUUUUAGGGUAAUGCCCUAUAUGCUAUAAUCAACCAUUGCACAUUUCCUAAUUUAAAAUUAAUGAUGUAUUUAAUAACGUGUGUGUAAUAAUUUAUUUCUACAUUGAAAAAGCUUUGACAUAUCUGUGCCUUUUUCUGCUUCUGUCCUUGUGUGGGAGAAUAUGCUACAUUAAACUGGUGCAAAAUGUGUUUCCUUUAAAAUGUAAAUGUAAGAUUUCCCAGUAAAUGUUGGCAGAUAUAUCAUACAUUAUUUUAUUUAGAUUAAAGUUAACAUUGCUUAUGAGUUGGAAAACCUUUGACUUAAGGCCACAUUCAUGUUUUGCAGUAGUGUUGGAUUAAAGGUACCCUCCCAUGCAAAGACAGAAGUACAGAGUGGGCUGUCUUCAAUAAAGCAGAAACAGGACGCUGCAUAGCUUUUAAGUUCCUGUAUGUGCAUCAUCCCACUACUGAAGCAUUUUAAGCAUGACAAAGAAAGGCACCCUGCCACGUUACCUCAUGCACAAUGUGACCUGCUGUAUUUUGUUUAUCUUUAAUGAUCUGUUUUAUCACUGAAUAAUUUUUGAGAUCAUUUGUAUUCAUUGCACUUCUCAUGUCAAUACAUCUGGCUUGAUGUAAAAUAAAGAAAAGGAAUACUUUACUGGGGAA